AUGUAUCCCUAUCUAAGAAUUGUUGUCAAGGAAAAAGUCUAUGCAGAGGUUAAUCUCGAUCCAAAACUCUCUGUAGCACAUCCCGGACCGGAUAACACACACGCUUUCUUCACAGUUGGUGACCAUAACGGUGUCCGAUUCUCAAUUGUAAAGAAGUCUGAAGCAACAUGUGCGAACACGGUAGCAAAUUCCGACAAUUUAGACGGAAUGAAUCCUUUCUUCACUACGCCAUGUCAAAUUGAUGCUUCCAAGGCUGAUCAAACUGUUCAAGUUCAAUGUAUUGAUCCUAAAAAUCCCAAAAAGAAACUUGGUGGCAAAGCAACGAUUACAUGGUAUAAAAGUCCAAAUUCUGACAAACAACGUUCGUUCGGCUUAAAGGUUUCAGCAAACAAAAAGAUUUGGUUAGGAACAACGGCUCAAGAAGAGGCUACAGCACCUCUCAUCAAUGGUAAAUGGUCUAAAUCAGGUUUGCAAGGUGCUGCGAUCAUUAUCAAUUGCGUUAAUAACACACGUGCCGUAUUCCAAGAUGGCAAAUACAACUGAAAGAUAGGCAUUGAUGGUAUAUCCACUUGUGUCCUGAC